AGUCUGGCCUCAGCUGCCUGGUCCAUGGAGGCUGACGUCAGGGAUGGGAGGAGGAUGUGGGAAGAGGAGGGUUCCCAGACCCUGCGUGGCGGGUGAAGUGUCUCCCCCCGGGCUCCUUGUGCCUGCCCUGCUGCACUGUCAGAUGGGGGCAGCGGUGCUAUGACUAGGAAAAGUACCAGGAACUCCUUCCAGAAGUCAGAGGACACCAUGUUUGCACGGGGGUUGAAGAGGAAGUGCGCAGAUGGCGAGGAGGACGGGGAAGGAGCCCUGGCCGCCCUCCGGGCUGCGCCCUCCUACAGCCUGCAGCGGCAGUCGCUCCUGGACAUGUCGCUGGUCAAGCUCCAGCUCUGCCACAUGCUGGUCGAACCCAACCUCUGCCGCUCGGUCCUCAUAGCCAACACAGUCCGGCAGAUCCAGGAAGAGAUGACCCAGGAUGGGACUUGGCGGGUGACGGCGCCCCAGACGGUGGGGCGGGCGCCACUCGACCGCCUCGUCUCCACGGAGAUCCUGUGUCGCUCAGCACGAGAGGCGGAGCCCCCUGGCCCUGGCUUGGGGGACGGCCACGCGCCAGACGUGGUUUCUGAACUCUCCGUGGUCCCAUCUGCACCGGCCCUGCAGAGCCCACAGAGCAGCGUUUGGGAAGUGGACAGCCCUCGAGAAAACAGAGGGAGCUUUCCGAAGUCGUUAGAUCAGAUAUUUGAAACCCUGGACAGUAAAACUCCCGGUGCCGUGGAGGAGCUGUUUUCAGACGUGGACAGCUCCUACUAUGACCUGGACGCCGUGCUGACGGGCAUGGUGGGUGGCGCCAAGUCGGGCCACAGUGACACGCUCGAUGCCUUGGCCUCUGCGCCCGCCCCGCCACCUGGCUCCAGCUGUAAGGACCUGGGCGAAUUGGACCACGUGGUGGAGAUCCUGGUGGAGACCUGAGCCGGCUGCGUGCCCACGACUGGGAGUGGCCGGAUUAGAAGGCCCCUGAAAACACCCAGAGCGUCGGGGCUGGGAGUGCGC